AUGGCCACCACAACUGAAACCGUGACGGGAGCUCUUCCUCCCAUUUGGGGACAGAAGGCAGACCCGGCCGAAGAGUUGGUCGAGAAUGCUCUCAAGGUCAACACCAAGCCACUCUGGACGCAGAUGGCGCGGUUGAACCCUCCAGAGCCCAACCCCAAGUGUGUGCCGUUCAUUUGGCGAUACGACGAGGUCAGGCCGAGUCUCCUCAGGGCCGGAGAGAUAGUCACGGAGCAGCAAGCUGAGAGACGGGUGCUGAUGUUGGUAAAUCCCGCCAGAGAUGCCCCUUACACCACAGAUACACUGUACGCGGGUCUGCAGCUAGUAAUGCCCAAUGAAACUGCCCGCGCGCAUCGACACACGGCGUUCGCCAUGCGCUUCAUCAUCGAGGGCCAGGGCGGCUUUACCGCGGUGCACGGCAAACGCAUCACCAUGCAGCGCGGCGACGUCAUCCUCACGCCGACCUGGAACUGGCACGACCACGGUAAGGACGGGUCGGGCCCCAUGAUCUGGCUCGACGGGCUGGAUCUGCCAAACUUCAUCCACUUCCCUGUGCAUUUCGUCGAGCAUUUCAACCAGCCGAGAUACCCGGCCGAGGAUGUGGACUCGAACACGAGCCCGAUUGUGUAUCCGUGGACGGCGAUGCAGAAGAAGCUCGACGAGAAGAAGGGCGACUGGGCCGAGGAGGAUUAUUUGAAGGGGGACGGCAGACCAGUCUCCAAAAUCCUCGGCGGCUCCGCCGAACGUCUAAAUGCCGGCUGCACAUCACCCGCCGUGAGAGAGACCGCGUCGUCCGUCUACCACGUGGUGCAGGGCCAGGGAUCCAGCGACAUCAACGGGCAAAAGUUCCACUGGAAGCAGGGUGACACGUUCUGCGUGCCCUCCUGGAACAAGUACCAGCACACCGCUGCUGAAGGGUCAGAGCCAGUGUACCUCUACAGGUUCCACGAUAAGCCCAUGUUGAAGUCACUUGGCUUUUAUCGUGUCGAAGGGGUCGACGUUGAGAGCUUGGUGUCUGACUAA